UGCCAAUUCCAUUUGUACCAAUGCUUUAGGUCAACUUCUGCAUAUGCAUAUUGAUGAUUCAUCCAUUAUGACCCAUACCUUUCCCUUUAUGCAAAACCAAAACCCAAACUUAACGCAACAGCUUUUGCCUUCAAAGCAACAACCUCUCUUAUCUUCUAUAUUCUCUUGGUCUCGUUUCUUCUUCUGCAAUCACUUUCCCUUACCCUCCCUCUGUUUUCCCCCAUAAUCAUCUUCAUUACAGCAAUCCCAACGAUAAAACGACAAAGUCUCAUUAGUUGCAACAUCCCCUAACCAAAUACACCACAAUUUCUCCCUUCCCCAAACCUAACCUUAUCACAGUACAUCAAUCAUGUUUUAUUUGUCAUCUCCCUCGUUUCUAUAAAUACCAUUUUUCAUUUCAAUUAAAUCACUAUCCCAAUUUUUUCUUAUUGUUGCGUCUUUUUUUUCUUCUAAUUCCCUUCAUUUUCUUUUUAUCGAAAAUGAACACCAUGAGAGGACCGGGAGAUCAGCAAUCUAGGGUUUUCUGUGAGCUGUCGGCUCUGGUCUUCAACCUCCUCCGCUCUCCGCCGCUCAUGCCGGACUCUCCGCCCAGGCGCUCAACGGCGGGGGCUCAGAUAACGCCGGCAGGGUUCGCAUCGCUGCUUCUGGGGAUUUCGGUGGCUCUCAUGCUCUGCGGAUCGGUUACUUUUUUCAUCGGGUUUAUGCUGAUGCCUUGGGUUCUCGGAUUGAUGAUGGUGUUCUACGUCGCCGCCAUCGUUUCCGCUCUCUCCGUUCUGGGGCGUUCCAUUCUCUGUUUUGCCUCGCCUCGUAAGGAUCUUCCUGAUUUUUCCGCUUUUACCGUUGAAUUUGGACGAAGAAAAAUGCGUUUUUUUGAGGUUCAAAUUCUGUGGGAGCUCCUGGAAGAGUGAAAUUAUGAGAAUAAGAUAGACGGUCUAUGUGUAUGACCUUCGAAAGAAUCCAAUAAAAGAAAUGUUAAAUUCUUUUUCAAUCAAGGGUCGGAUCUGCAAGAUUGGUUUUCUCUUAAAACAGUGAAGGAGUAUAAGAUACAAAAAUUACAUUGAAGCGCAGCUUAUCUCUUAGAUCGUAUCACACACACAUUUUGGUUGGAUCACGAGCCUAUUUUUGCUGUUUCAGAGUGGAAACUUAUGUGAAAAGAUAAAUAAGGGAGCGGACUAGUGCGAUCGUAGUUAUUGUGCCUGCCCGCUUGCGCAGCCUGCGGAACGAAGAUUACCGAACUUCUCUCACCAGCAGCAGGAGUUUUGGAACCAGGCUUUUGUGAAAAGUACUAAACUUUGUGGAUAUGGCUUCUCUUUUUAUUACAAUCAGUCAAGUUCUGAGGAAUCAAGAAUUGAGGACUUUCUUCCUGCUACUGUCUAUCACUGUUAAUUAUUUUAUUUGUCGUUAUUUUCAAUCUUGUAAAUUUUGAAGUAGAGGCUUCUGAAAUUCAUUUCUUUUCCAUUUCCAAACGUGGUAUAUAUACACUGUAAAAUUUGAUAUGAUGACUCACGAGAAGGUUGUCUUAUUACAAUUUUUAAUACAAAAAAUUGAGAAUGGCUUUAUUGAA